AUGAGAACCGUGUUUAAUGGAGCUGCAAUAGCUCUAACCUUCCUGUCCCUCCUGUUACUCUCCCCAGUUACAUUCUCUGAGAAAUGCAACCCACAAGACAAGAAAGUUCUCCUCAGAAUCAAACAAGAACUCAACAACCCUUACCUUCUAGCCUCAUGGGACCCAGAAACAGAUUGCUGUGACUGGUACUGUGUCGAGUGCGACAUCAAAUCUCACCGUAUCACCGCCCUAAUCAUGCAAUCCUCCGUCCCAGACACAAAUCUCUCCGGCCAUAUCCCUCCUUCCGUCGGUGACCUCCCUUAUCUCCAGAAUCUCGAAUUCCACAAACUUCCCAGACUCACAGGCCCAAUCCAACCCACCAUAGCCAAGCUCAAAAACCUCAAAUAUCUUUUCAUCGAAUACACCAAUGUCUCAGGCUCUAUACCAUCUUUCCUGUCUCAACUCACAAACCUCCAGCUUCUUCAUCUUUCCACCAACAAUCUCACCGGCUCAAUCCCCAGUUCACUCUCCCAGUUACCUAACCUCGAGUCCUUACACUUAGACAGAAACAAGCUCACCGGCCCAAUUCCAGAGUCAUUCGGUUCGUUCAAAAAGCCCGGCCCAGAUAUCAUCCUAUCUCACAACCAGCUUUCUGGGCCUAUCCCAGCUUCAUUAGGUCAAAUAGAUCCAGAGAGGAUAGACUUAUCCAGAAACAAGCUUGAAGGUGAUGCUUCUGUGCUUUUCGGGAGCUUGAAAAGGACACAGAUACUUGAUGUUUCAAGGAACUUAUUGUCGUUUGAUUUGUCAAAGGUUGAUUUUCCGAAGCAGAGUUUGAUAUGGUUGGAUCUGAAUCAUAAUAACAUAUACGGGAAGAUUCCAGUGGCGUUGACGAAAGUGGAAAAUUUGCAGCAGUUUAAUGUGAGUUAUAAUAGGUUGUCUGGUCAGAUACCGCAGGGUGGUGAAUUGCAGAAGAGGUUUGAUGUUUAUGCUUUUUUUCAGAACAAGGCUUUGUGUGGCUCACCGCUUCCACCAUGCAAAAAGUGA